AGCACGCGCUGUUCUCCGCUCAGGCUCGGCGAUGGACGCGCCGGGAGAGGUUUGAUCGGUCCCGCUUCCGACUGGCGAGGCUGCUUCCCCUCCCGUCCCCUCCAGCCAGGAGGGCUUUUCCUUGCAAGGAGAAAGUGGUUAAAAGAUUGUGACCAAAGAUUGACCUGGAAGUCAACUAUCAACAGGCAGUAGAAAAUCAGCACAAGCCAGCAACCAGUUGAAACCAUGCAGCGUGGGAAACUCUUGGAUCCCUCGUCAGACACAAGCAGCACUCUGAAAAGCCACAAAAAAACCCAUGAAUGCUCAGAGAGUGGGAAAUCUUUUGCUUGCCGGUCCCUCCUUUUGACCCACAGGAAGGUCCAUGAGGGAAGUGGAUCCAGUGAAGGUUUGGAGGGUGAGAAAUUCUUCUCUGGAAAAGAUGCCAAAGAUCUCGGAAGCCCCCCCAGACUAAAAUUCCAUAAAUAUGAGGAAUGUGACUUAUACUUUGAUCAAAGGUCACACCUUCUGACACAUCAGAAAAUCCACACUGGAGAGAAACCUUAUCAGUGUCUGGAAUGUGGGAAAUCUUUCAGUAAAAAAGCCUAUCUCAGAGAGCACGAGAGAAGUCACACAGGGGAGAAACCUUACAAGUGUUGGCAAUGUGGGAAGAGCUUUCCUCGGAAGUCAGAUCUUUGGGUCCACGAGAAGAUCCAUGCAGGAAUAAAACCUUACAAAUGCUUUGAGUGUGGAAAAGGUUUCACCCUGAGUUCAACUCUUCGGAAUCACUGGAAAACACACACAGGGGAGAGGAAGGAAAUGUGCCUCGAAUGUGGGAGAUGUUUUACCUUGAAAUCAAACCUGGUGCGACAUCAAAGUCUUCACAAUAUCGACAGACCCUACGAAUGCCCAGAAUGUGAGAAACAAUUUGUAAAUUCUUCUCAACUUCAAAGACACCAGGAAUGGCACCAAGGAGAGCUACCCUAUAAAUGUGGGGAGUGUGGGAAAAGUUUUAUUACACCAACCCAUCUUCAGAUUCAUCAGAGAAUCCACACAGGGGAGAAACCAUACAAAUGUGGGGAGUGUGGGAAAUGCUUUUCCCAAAAAUGCCACCUUGGAAGCCAUCAGAGGGUCCACACAGGAGAGAAGCCGUACAGAUGCGUAGAAUGUGGGAAAUCUUUUGGUUAUAAGGAGGUACUUUGGAAACAUCAGCAAAUUCACACGGGGGAGAAGCCCUUUCAGUGCCUUGAGUGUGGAACAUUUUUUCGCAUGAAAUCAACCCUCAGACAUCACGUGAAAGUUCACACAGGGGAGAAAAACUACAAAUGUUUAGACUGUGGGAGAGCAUUUGCUCGGUCAGGUACCCUCAGAAGCCACAGCCGAAUCCACACAGGAGAGAAGCCCCAUAAAUGCUCGGAGUGCGAUAAAUGCUUUUCCCGGAAAUGUACUCUUUUGAAGCAUCAGCAAAUCCACAGGGGAGAAAAAACAUAAAUGUCUGGAAUGCGGAAAAUGUUUUGCCCAACCUUCAGUGCUUUGCACGCACACCAGAACUCACACAGGAGAGAGGCCUCACAAGUGUGCAGAGUGUGAGAAAAACUUUCCAUUGUAAAUCAAAGCUAAAAAUGCAUCAGAAUGUCCAUAGCAGAGAUCUCUACCCUUUCAGUUGUGAACAAUGAGGGAACUUUUUUUUUCCAGAAGUCACACCUUACCAUUCACCAGGACCUUCAAAGAGUCCCAGAAGGGAAAUCCUACAACUGUUUGGUGUGGGGAAAGUGUUUUUUUCUAGUGAAGCAACCUCAAAUACUAGGAGAGAGUACACAAUGAGGCAAAAGGGCGUAAGUGUUGGGGGUGUGAGAAUGUUUUCCUCACAAAGCAGCUUUAGUAACUUGCCAGAGUGAUUACACAAAAGAGUCAUAAUAGUGUGGGAGUAUGUAUAAUGUUUUGCAGAAUACAGGUAGUCCUAAAGUUAUGGCCACAACUUGGAAUGGAUUUCCAGUCAUACAUUGCUUACAGUCCUAAAUCAAGGCACCCAGGCAUUUUUGUUAAUUCUUACUAACCGUUUGUUGGUCAGUGAGGAGAACUGAAGAUUCAGAGAGGAGAAAAUGGGGGGAGGGGUAGAACAAAGAUAUCAUCAGUGAUAGUGUUAAUGUUGAACCAAAGGUGCUUUUUCAGGAGUCAACUGGACUUUCUUGUUUUUCUUUGAAUUUGUUUCGCUUCCCAUCCAGGAAGCUUCUUCAGUUCUCACCGAAUGGUGGAGGUUGGAUGGACUGAUAUUCCUUGCAGACAGCUGGUCAUUUGCCUUCUUUUAGAGCAGGGGGUCUUCAAACUUGGCCCUUUUAUGACUUGUGGACUUCAACUCCCAGAA